UCUCCCACCCUACUCCAAAGCUUAAGUGGUUUUGUUACCUUGGCCAUUCUUUGCUGGGUUCACCCAAACUGGGAUAAUAAGUGUUGACAACAAAAUAUAUCAGCAGUAAAGGAACGUAGACUUCCUUUUUGUUUCUGGCUUCUCAGUUGGAACACAUUUUGGCAUAGGAUAUAUAUCUAAUUGAAAGACCUUCUCUCUUCCCCACUCCAGCUGGAAAGCUAACCAUGUAAGCUAUGUAGAACUCAUGUGGUAAGACUGGGAGUGGAGGCUGGAUCCAAGCUGAUGUAGCACGAGCAGUGUCAAGGUGCACAGAAGCUAACUUUAACGCUCCUGAAGAGACUGAUCUGAGAGGAGUUUGCAUGCCUUGAGCUCUCUUGCUGGUGGAUGGUGGGAACCUCUUUGGGCUCUGCUGAUCUAGAGUUCUUAUGAGUGCUGUGCUAACAAGUUUGAGGGUUCAAAUUCAGAUACUACUUGCUUGUAAUGCUUCUGUUCUACUGACUGUACCUGCCCCCUUGCAUGGUGAGUGUUUUAUGAUUAAAUGUAGCUGGACUGUUGAUUUUCAGCACGAGACUAAUCUGAUGUGGUUACAUGCCAGCCUUUGCAGUUCUUGCUUUGGGGUUAAUGAAGGGGCAGGAAGGUGGCCUUGAAAUCCUGCAUGGCAUCGAGAAUGCUGCUCUUCUUACUUUGGUUUUUUUCCUCCUCCCCUGCCUUUUCACCUUGGUGUGCUGGGAUCAGAUCCUGCUUGUCUUCCACUUCUUAAGAAAAGCUGACAUAGAAGACACAUUGGGACUAAACAGGGCUGGGGCUCCUCCUCCACUCCCACUAGACACAUGCUGCAGUACAUCAGAGAGUUUGUCACCAGUUAAGCAGGCUCCACGGAAGUCCCCCUCCGACACAGAGGGUCUAGUAAAGAGUCUGUCUUCUGGAUCUCACCAGGGCCCAGUCAUAUAUGCGCAGUUAGACCACUCUGGCGGACAUCACAGUGACAAGAUUAACAAGUCAGAAUCUGUGGUGUAUGCAGACAUCCGGAAAAAUUAAGAGAAGACCCAGAACAUAUCCUAAGCAAGAAACAAAUCCAAACUGGACUCUUUGCAGAAAAUGUAGCCCAAACCACAUGUGGCCUUGGAGACCCAGGCAAGGACAAGCACAUGUGUACUCAUAGAGGGAGAAAAGGAUGUGUAUAAAGGAUAUGUAUAAAUAUUCUAUUUAAUCUUCCUGUGUGAGGAGCCAGUGUUGCAUGAUGAAAAGAUGGUGUGACUCUACAUAUG